AUGCCAACCAUUAAAGAAACUUCCAAGUCACAUAGUAAAGAAGAGGAAAGUUUGACUAGCUCUUCAGGAGAGAGUUAUCGUUUAAUGACUCGAGCUGGUUUUAUUAGACAAUCGUCUUCAGGUAUUUAUACCUUAUUACCAUUAGCAUUGCGUUCACUUGAAAAAAUAGAGAGAAUCAUUGACAUUGAGCUAGAGAAUAUUGGAGCGCAAAAGUUAUCCCUUCCUAUUUUGCUUAGUUCUAAUGGAUGGAAGAAGACACAAAGAUGGGAGUCUUCUGGAGAAGAGUUAUUUCGUCUUAAAGAUAGAAAAAAAUCUGAAUUUUGCCUGGCACCAACACAUGAAGAAGAAAUUACUCAAUUAAUUGCCAAUGAAAUAACUUCGUAUAGACAACUUCCAUUGCGAUUAUACCAAAUUGGAAGAAAAUAUCGUGAUGAAAUGCGUCCUCGAUUAGGAUUACUUCGAGGACGAGAAUUUAUAAUGAAAGAUUUAUAUACUUUUGAUACUACUGAGGAACUGGCUUUGCAAACUUAUCAAGAAGUUAUAUUGGCAUAUAAGAAAAUAUUUGAAAAAAUAGGAAUCCCAUUUUCUAUUGCCAAAGCAGAUUCUGGUGGUGGUUGUCCUGUAUGUGCAAAAGGAGAUGAAAAUAAUUUUGUUCCACUUACUGUUCAUCGAGCAAUUGAAGUUGGGCAUUCUUUUUUCCUAGGAACAAAAUAUUCUGAACCUUUAAAAGCAACUUUUGCCCCCCAAAAUCCCAAAGUACCAGGUGAAUUGUUACCAAUUCAAAUGGGAUGUUAUGGAUUGGGAACUUCUAGAAUGCUUGCAGCAAUUAUUGAGGCAUCACAUGAUAAAAAUGGAAUAAUAUGGCCUAUUUCAGUCGCGCCUUAUAGAGUAUGUAUUAUUCCGGGAUCUGAUGAACCCUCAAUACAAAAUGCAGAACUUAUUGGAUAUCCUUGGAUUAUGGUAUUAGGAAAAAAAUUUUUAGAAAAUGGGAAAAUUGAAAUACAAGUAAGACAAAGCAAAGCAAAAAAUUAUUUGAGUGUUCAAGAUUUAGAUAAAAUCCAAUUCCAAUGA